CUGCUAACGCAAUGCUCUACCACUGAGGCACAUUUGGAGACAACUGUAGAUAAUGCUAUGGAACAGAAAGUACUCACUCUUUCUUUUGCUCCUUCAAGUAGUGGGGUUGAGGUCAGGCCCCUUCACUGCUGCAGCUUGCUGAUCUGUCAAGGGUAUUUCCUCCUAUUCUACCACAGGACCUGGAGCUGUCAGUCAGGGUAUGGCAUCUCAGUUUCCUCCAACUCACACAGACCCCCCACCAUUAAACUCCACAGUCAAGUAUUGCAUUUAAUAUUAUAUAUCUAGCUACUUUCUUUUGUUGGUCGAUGAACCAAACUGCCUUUAACAUAUGAAUAUAAAUACAUUUUUUUCCAAGUGUUGCGUCAGUGCUUGAGUAUAUAUGUGCGUGUGAAGGAGGCACUUUGUUAGUCCGGGUGCCUGCCUCUAUCCCCAGUGCAACCACUUCCUAUUACAUUGGGCCCCUUCUGAUGACCACCUUCCAACCUCCCCGCCCUCUUCUAAAAACAUAAAGCACUGAACACUAACAUAUCUAGAGAUUUAAAAAGUCAUAUGUAUGAAUGCUCUGUGUACAUGAUGGAUUCAGCACUCACGUGGUGGAUACUUCUUUCCUGUUUGAUCAAGCAGGUGCAUUUAGAGCCUCACCUAUCAAAGCAAGAUUUUGCUCUUUUGGCUAUGGAUAAGGACCCAAAAUGUUUCACCAGGGAUCUAGAAGCCUUCACUUGCUUUUGGGAAGCACCUGCUGGAAAGUCUUAUUAUUUUUUCUACAAAAUAUCAUCAGAAGAGAAAAGAUGUGAUCUGAAACAACAAACUUAUGAGGAGAAAAAGGUCCUGCAUAUUUGCACAUUCCCAUCAAGUGAUGUCUUCAUGUAUGUCGAGAUGCACCUCGGAGUGAUAGACAGAGACACCAACACAACCAUCUACAAUCGCACAGUCAGUGUGGAGGAUCAGCUUUUUCUGUAUCCUCCAACAAAUAUAUCCCUUCAUCCAACUGGCGACGUGGGCCAAAUGUUAGUUGAAUGGAAAAAAACAAACAAAUUUCCAAUGAACAUGCAGUAUGAAAUUCGUUACAGAUCCAAAAACACAUCAAGCACUGUUAGACCGGUGUCGGAACCCUCCCAUAAGCUUGUGUCUCUGGUCGCAGGAGAGAACUGCACAGUGCAAAUGAGAGUCAAGCCUGGAGGUGUUUUUUGGAGUGACUGGUCAAGUCCUGUAACAGCUAUGGUGCCACAAACAGCAGGUGACAUAAAGUUGCAUUGCCACACUCCAGAUCUGCAUCAAGUAUUAUGCCAAUGGAGAGGAGACAUUUAUGAUGACGGCAGAUACAGCUUCCAUUACAGACAAAAAAACAGAAGUCUGUGGGAUAGUUGGAAGUUGUGUUCCAGAGACAACGACACUGUCCAUCAAUGUGUCUUGUAUGGGCAAGAGUCCAGUAUCUAUCAGUUUUACCUCAGUGUUGGAUUGCAACCAUUCGGUCGAACGUUUUAUGCAGAAACUUUCAGUAUAAACAGCAGCAUCCAGACAAGGCCUCCAGAAGGUCUGAAGGCACAGCCUGAAGAAGGACGGCUUUGUUUGACAUGGGAUCCACCAUUUUUGAAGAUCUCGCAGUAUCUAAAGUACCAGAUCCGAUACCAGCGGGAAGGAGAGAGUGAGUGGAAGGAUUUUACAACACCUAGUUCCAAGACCAGCACUUGCCUGGAUGUACACAGAGGGAGUCAAUACACUAUCCAGGUUCGAGCCCAACCCAAUGGAUCGGUGUACAGUGGAGACUGGAGUGACUGGUCAAAACCUCUCACUGCCCUUUUACCUUUAAGCAAAGAGUGGAUCUUCAUUGUCUGUAUACCAGUGGCUCUGCUUAUCAUUGCUUCUGCAAUGAUCUCUUUCUUCUCCAGAUACUUCCGGAAGUUCAAAAAGUCCUUGUGGCCAUCAGUCCCAAACCUUAACAACGUGCUGGAAAGCUUUCUGACCGACAUCAGUGGAUCACAUUGGGAGCCAACCUUCAACAUCAAGCAAUGUGAUGAUGACGCUGCUACAUCAGUAUUGGAGAUUCUGCCGGAGAAAGAAACUUCAGUAAAAUCCUGUAAGAAGUCCACCUGUCUUUCUCUCCCUGAUCGUGGCUUCUUAGCUGAUGUGAAAAAUAAGGAGAAUUUCAGGGAGGAUUUGGAGAUGGCUCAAGAUUACGUCAUUUUGAAUAAUGAUAUGAUCCCAUGCUUUACAUGGAAUGACUAUGUGUAUGGGGAUGCUGCUUUAUCUCAUCUGGCUAAUGAAAAACUACACUGUUGCCCCAGUACCUGUUCUACCACCUUCCCAGAAUGCAGCACAAAUAUUCUCAACCAUUCCUAUCUCCUUCUGGCAGAACAGUCUGAUCUUGAAGGGUAUUACUCACCCUGUCACCAGUAUACCAAUAUGGAGAUCACAGCAAUAGCGAAUGAAGCAAAAGGAGAGUGAGGUUCAAACUGUCAUAAAUUAAGCUCAUAAGCAUGUUUAUAUAUAUAUGUGGUUUUGGGUGAAACCUUACUCACAAAUUUAAAGUUUCUGUGGAAUGAGAGAAGCAUGUGAGACAUUAAGGAACAGACAAGUUAAGUGGAGAUUGUUCAAUGCAUGUACCUCAAUCAUAAGUAAGAAGGAACUGCACUUAAGUUUCAGCAUACCACAAACCAAAACAUUCAAGAACAUCUAGACAUGCCAAAUGUCAGACCAAUGGCUUGCAAAAUACUUGCUUGUAGAUUCUUCAGUGAAAUAUUUGAUAUUUAAACUUUAAAGUUGUGGGAGUUUUUUAUAGAUAGAUGAACAUCUUGGUUGUGUUCAUCAUUCCUGUUUGUGGAGUAUAAAUGAUUUUUUUUUUAAUUUAUUGUUUAAAUGGACAUCAUACAAAUGUUAACAGGUUUAUACGGUAAAGUUGAUGGUUGCACUUUGUACAGACGAAGUUGAUAAACACAUCUAUCACAUCAGUCUCUCAUUAAAAAGAUGGGUGAGUGUUAUGGCUAUACUUAAAAAAAAAAUCAGCAAGACAUUUUUUGUUGUUGUUGGCAAUUUGGAUGUGACUGGUAUUUUGUAUAGUGUUUAGGUAUGAUUUAACCCUGAAUAUUCCUUAAACUGUUAUGCAUGUUAUUUUGGCUUUGUUGUAAUCAUUCCUGAGCAAUUAUUAUGUUUGUUGUAUUUGGAAUAUGUCGUCUGUAACAUCUUGUACUGAUUAUUACACAAGAAGUAAUAUGUGUCAUGAUCAGGUGUGAUCAGUCUUUAGCUUUAUUGUAUCAAGACAUCACACAAGUAAAAACGUUCUGAUGCAUAUAAGGAAAUAUUGUACAUUUUACAUUGACAGUCAUUAAAUGAUAAACAACAAA